AUGAAAUUUGGAAAAUAUUUGCGAGAACGCAAAGAAAAAUUUCCUGUAGAAUGGAGGGAACAUUCUAUAGAUUAUGAUUCAUUAAAAUCAUAUAUUAAAACCAACAUAAUACCAAAUUCAUUAAAAUUAAAUUUAAGUCAAAUGACAUGGAAACCAACUAAUUCGAACGAAUUACAUUUUAUUGAAUUGGUUUCUUCGAGAUUAUCAGCUUUACAAAUUAAAGUUACGGAAUUUUUAGUAAAAUUGGAUAAUGAAAUACAAAAAGUUUCGGAUUUUUUCGUUAAAGAAUCCAAUUCACUAAUAAAGAAAAGUGAAGAACAGAAUGUAGAUACUCUUGAUGAAAAUGAAGCAAGUAAAAUGUUAGAAUCUAUUAUUAUAUUAGAAAGAUUUGUUUUUUUAAAUUAUACGGGUUUAGUAAAGAUAUUAAAAAAGAAUGAUAAACAUUCAGGAUUAAACAUUGGUGAAGCUUACCUUUAUAGAAUUGCUUCACUUACUCUAACAAAAUCAGACUCACUCUUAAUUUUAAAAAAAUCUUUAAUGAAAAAAGUUGUACAAGAGUUUUCUCCAAUCGCAUCAACGACAUCAACGAUUAUUAAUAAUGAAACCAAAUUAGAAAAUAAUUCUACGACAAUUUCUUCGUCAAAAUCAUCUUCUUCUUCAUUAGGGAUGACAACUUUACCUGCACUUUUAUCAAAAAUUCCUCAAUCUACCACUUCACCAACAACUACAAAAAAAAAUUUGUUUCCACCAUUAGAUUUAUUACCUCAUCAAAAAGUUAUCGCUUCAAUUACUGGUCCACAUGGUACUGAUAUUAUAGGAUGUGUUUUGGAAUGUAUGGCUAAACAUGAUUGUGUAAUUGAAGAUUUUAUGUUAUCCAGAUUAUAUCAUGAUGUUACUUUUGGUGUAUUAAUUGCAUUAAGAUCUGAUGAUAUAGAUUUAUUUAAAGAUUUAGCUGAAGCGUCUAGAAAAUGGGAUGGUACUUUAACAUUUGAUGUUCAUGAUGGUGAUCGAAUUUUACCAAUUGAAGAUGCUCCUUAUGAAAAUCGUAUAAAAUAUGCCGCUACUGUAUUAAAUCAAAAGGGCUUAUCUCCACAAUUUUUAAAUGAUUGGACAAAAUUUUUAUUAAAAGGAAAAAUUUCUGUAGAAAAAAUGCAAAGAUUGAACGAAGGAAAAUUAUCUUGUGCUGAUUAUAAAUUAUCAGUACCAAACAAUACAGAUUUUGAACGAUUAAGACAAGAAUUAUUCACUCUCAGUACUUCUCAUGGUACUGAUGUUGCUUUACAACCUUAUGAUGUUUUCAGAGAACAUAAAAGAUUAGUAGUAUUUGAUAUGGAUUCUACUCUUAUUCAACAAGAAGUUAUUGAUGAAAUUGCUAGACAUGCUGGUGUUGUUAAAGAAGUUGCUAGCAUAACCGAAUUGGCUAUGAAUGGUGAAAUAGAUUUUAAAGAAUCUCUUAGACGUCGUGUUUCUCUUCUUAAAGGAACUCCUGUAGAAGUAUUACAAACUAUUAAAGAGAAUUUAACUUUCACUGAUGGUGCUCAUUUCCUCUGCAAAGCGCUGAAGAAAAUUGGUUUUAAACUGGCCGUAAUCUCAGGUGGUUUUAUUCCUUUAGCAAAGUAUGUUAAAAAUGAACUUGGAUUAGAUUACGCUUUCGCAAAUCAACUCAAAGUUUCAUCAGACGGAUUAACACUUACCGGUGAAACUGUUGGACCUAUAGUUGAUGCUGAACGUAAAGCUGAAUUACUUGAGGUUAUCGCUCAGGCUGAAAACGUUACACUGGAUCAAGUUAUUGCUGUAGGUGAUGGUGCUAAUGAUCUAUUAAUGUUGGCUAAAGCUGGUUUGGGGAUUGCUUUUAAUGCUAAACCAAGAGUACAAGAAAAGGCACGAGCAAGAAUUAAUCAAAAGAGCUUAAAGUAUGUUUUAUAUCUAUUAGGUUAUACCGAUGAAGACGCUAAGCAAUUGUAUGAUUCUUAA